AUACCUUAUCCCAAUUCACCCCAUCCACACAUGCGUCGGGUCCGUUCUGUCGUACCCAUUCACCCCUCUACACCCCUACCUCAGAGGUGAGGUACAUCUGUGCUUCGUCAUUACUAAAUACCCCAAUCCAUCCGUCCCGGAUCCCGCCCAGCAUCUCUUUCCAAAACCUUCCCAGCUCGCUCUUCUGCCCUUCUGCUUGCUAACUUUGGUUUCCUGCUGUAGAGGCUUUUCUUUCCCCCUUCUUCUCUACAUCUCUCAUCCAAAGAAAUAUUCAUAGUCGAGCCAGCUUCAUCACCGACAUCACACACACCAUGGCCGAUCACACCUCCGCCGCAGCUUCUAUGGAGCUCAAGGAGAACACCGUCAUCGUUGUUCUCGGCGCUUCCGGAGAUUUGGCAAAGAAGAAGACUUACCCUGCUCUGUUCGGUCUGUACCGAAACCAGUUCCUCCCCAAGGACAUCAAGAUUGUCGGAUAUGCGCGGACAAAGAUGGACCACGAUGACUACAUCCGCCGCAUCAGAUCCUACAUGAAGACACCCACAAAGGAGAUCGAGCAGCAGCUCGACGACUUCUGUAACCUCUGCACCUACGUCUCUGGCCAGUACGACAAGGACGAGUCAUUCCAGAACCUGACCCGGCACCUCGAGGAGCUCGAGCAGGGCAAGCCUGAGACCCACCGUCUCUUCUACAUGGCACUUCCCCCCAGUGUCUUCACCAUUGUCUCCCAGCAUCUCAAGAGAUGCUGCUACCCCACCAAGGGAAUUGCGCGCGUUGUCAUUGAGAAGCCCUUUGGUAAGGAUCUUGCCAGCUCCCGGGAGCUUCAAAAGUCCCUCGAGCCCGACUGGAAGGAGGAUGAGCUCUACCGCAUUGACCACUACCUCGGCAAGGAGAUGGUCAAGAACAUCCUCAUCCUUCGCUUUGGUAACUCCUUCUUCGGCUCCACCUGGAACAGGCAGAACAUCGACAACGUCCAGAUUACCUUCAAGGAGCCUUUUGGUACCGAAGGCCGUGGCGGUUACUUUGACGAGUUCGGUAUCAUUCGCGAUGUUCAGCAGAACCACUUGCUUCAGGUCCUCACCCUGCUCGCCAUGGAGCGCCCCAUUUCCUUCGCCUCGGAGGACAUUCGUGACGAGAAGGUGCGCGUUCUCCGCGCCAUGCCCGCCAUCGAGCCCAAGAACGUUAUCAUCGGACAAUACGGCAAGUCAUUGGACGGCAGCAAGCCAUCGUACAAGGAAGACGAUACUGUCCCCAAGGACUCGAGGUGUCCCACUUUCUGCGCCCUUGUCGCAUACAUCAAGAACGAGCGCUGGGAUGGCGUUCCUUUCAUCAUGAAGGCCGGCAAGGCCCUCAACGAGCAAAAGACUGAGAUCCGUAUUCAGUUCAAGGACGUUACCUCGGGUAUCUUUAAGGACAUUCCCCGCAACGAGCUUGUCAUGCGCAUUCAGCCCAACGAGAGUGUCUACGUCAAGAUGAACUCCAAGCUGCCCGGUCUCAGCAUGCAGACUGUCGUCACCGAACUUGACUUGACCUACCGCCGCCGCUUCUCUGACCUCAAGAUCCCAGAGGCUUACGAGUCAUUGAUUCUGGACUGCCUGAAGGGCGACCACUCCAACUUCGUCCGUGACGACGAGCUGGACGCCAGCUGGAGAAUCUUCACCCCUCUGCUGCACUACCUGGACGACAACAAGGAGAUUAUCCCCAUGGAAUACCCCUAUGGAUCUCGUGGCCCCGCCGUCCUCGACGACUUCACCUCCUCCUAUGGCUACAAGUUCAGUGAUGCGGCUGGAUACCAGUGGCCUACUACCUCUGCUCAGGCUGCCCCGAACAAGUUUUGAGCAAACCCCUCCACCCCCAUUACACCAACUACAAAAAACCACACUUUCGACCAAUGCACCCGCGAUAUCCCACUGCGCCGCCUAUGGCAUUCGCAACGUAUCAUAACCAUCGAAGGGAGGGCAUAGAUUUCAAAUGAAGACGACAUAAACAAGGGAAGCCAGGAGGAAAGCCCACGGGUGAACACUGGUAGGACGAUGGACAUUUCUUCGCUUUGCUUGGCGGUUCAGAGAGGAUAGAAAAUCAAUGAGAUUCACGUUUCUAAUGAUCAAAACUGUUCGUUCCUUA